UUGUUUUUUUGUGUAUUUUGCCAUAACAUGUUUCGUUAAUUAUACCUCAUAUUGAGCAGGGCGAAAUAUUAUGGACAUUCUUAAAUUAUUUUCAUAUUUAUUCCUAGGAUUUUUCUACUCUAAUUUUCAUCCUGCUCAGGGUCAAUGGGGUCUCAGAUGGGGUUCGCCGGGAUCUUUGAAAAAUUUGAAAACCGUGAAACUUCUUGGAAAUUUGAAAAAAGCAACCAAACAUAGCAAAGUUUUAUGGCGUCCAAUGAAACAUGACAUUGUUAUAGCAAGAGAUAGUUCAGAUUCUAGUGACAAUUCAGACACACAUAGGCGACGUUUCAUUAAAAAACUAAAACGUCGCCUUUCAAGACGGAAACGUAUAAAAUUAAGGAGAAGAAAUGCUAAUGCAUUGAUUGAAAAACUAAUAAAAGAGAAAAUUUUGCGAACAAAAAAAGAACCAAACAAAAAUGUCAAGUCAGAUCAAAUGGAACCUCGUAUUCAUAGUAUUGACAAAGGAAAUCAAAACGUUAAACCGUUAACUAAAACAAGUUUGGUCAAAACGCUUGGAGAAAGGCUACUAUCUGAUUAUGAUUAUACAACAAUAAUCCCAAAUGGCAAAGAAUCAACAGGACUAGUUGUUUCUUGGGAUGGUAUUUUUACGGCAAAUAAGAACGUAAAAAGUUCCAGAAAAUCUGUAGCAGUUGGGAAUUUAGGUCACUCAUUUAAAAAAACAUCCUCAUCGGGAAUUGGCGUUUCAACACCCCCAAAAUCAAACGCAAAUACAAAUGCUGAACAGGAAUUUGAAGCAGAAAUAGAAACAGAAGAACCAGUCAUAACAACAACAGAAAAGAACAUAUUUUUAACGUCAAAACAAAAUAAUGGAGAACAGGAAAUAGAGGCAGAAGAAACCACAGCACAAAAUAUUAUAUCUACCAUACGAACACUUUCAUCCUCAGCAGCGUCAUCAAACAAUGGCGAGCAAGAAAUAGAGGCAGAAGAAACAACAACAAUAAACAGCAUAACUACAGUAAAAUCACAUUUAUCAAAAAGUACAGCUGUCGGAGAGCAGGAAGUUGAAAUAGAAGGUAUCACUAGUACAACGAAAACCUCUGUCACACAACAAACUUCAGCAACUGUAGACCAAGAAGUUGAGGCAGAGGAAACCACAACACCACUGUACAGCAAAUCGACAAAAAUAUUAGUAUCUAGUAUAAACGAUCACCAACGUAAACAAAGGGUCAUUGGUAAUGCGGUUGCAAAUAAAUACCACGGUAUUGCAGGUAUAUACAUUAAACCAAAGUCACUAGAUAAACCGCUGAUAACUGCUCAAAUAGCAGGAGUGACGAGACAAAAAACUGAAAUUCCUUUAAAUAAUGGUAAUUUUAGCUAUAUCACAAAAGGCGAACUUUCAAUUUCUGGCAAAAAAUUACCCUUAGUUAUAAAUAGUGUUAAUUCAAAAUCAAUUCUUAACAAAGAUGUAAAUGGCCAUUUAAUGGGAUCGGAAAGAAAGUUUGAUAUGAAUAGCUUUAUUAAGCAUCCACAAAAAGUACUAGGCAGCUACCAUCCACCUGUCCCAGCAGAAGAGGCUGUCGUUAGUGUCCAAGGGGAUGUUUCAGUUAUCAGUUCACUCGACAAAAACAUUAUUAAGACAAAGACAACCUUAGGAAAAGUCGGCAGCGGUAGACGACGAGUAGAUGAUAAUGGUAAACCAGGCCUAAAACAUCUAGCUGACCUUAAUUCUACAACGGGUUUAAGAUCAAGCACACUGAAUCCGUCAGAUAAAGAGACACUAGAAUUCAGUGGAAACGUCUUUAAAACCCAACCGUCAUUAAACGUUCAAGUUAGAACACGUGUAUCAAAAGACAAGACGGAUAAAACAUCUGGAACUCAUUUAAGUGCUCAUUUUACACCCAUUUCAACAAUCCCAUUAAACUCUACUAGUUUUGUUGCACCAGCUAAACACCAGAAGACAAUUCAUACAAUAAGAAUUAACGGACAAAGUAAACCAUCAAUAAAUCACAUUGCUCAUGGAACAAGAAGACAUAUUUCACUUUCAGGCAAAGAUCACUUUAAAUUGCAAAGACACGGAAUUACAUAUUUACAACCGACAAUUGAGGUAGCAAAGAAAAAAGGAAUAACACAAGAUCAACAAAAUGGUAACGGUGUUGCAGCUAAACUAAACAAGAAAAACAUAUUUGGGCAGAAAAACAAAAAUAAUUCACCACAGAUCAAUGAUGGUCGACAACCUUCAAAUAAUUUUAUACUUAAUGUUGGUGGUAAUGCUUCCGUAAAGACAAUUUCACAGGAACCCCAUGACAAAACCUUCACUGCUGGUAGGAGAACAUUGAAUAUUUUUAACAACGCUCAUUUAAAAACUGGCAAUGGCGUUGCAUUUAAGUUAAAUAAGAAUACAAUUUCUAGGAAGAGAACCCUAAAUAAUUUACCACAGAUCAAUGAUGAUCGACAAUCUUCAAAUGGUAUUCUUAAUGCUGUUGGAAAUGCUCCAGGAAAAACAAUGUCGCAGAAAUCAAUUGACAAAACCGUCACUGCUGCUGGUAGAAACAAUAUCAAGCAAGUCAGUUUAGGACCGGCGAAAAGUCUACCCCCUUUUCUUCACAUUACAGCACCCAUUGUAAAUGCAAAUGAAAACACUCGAAAUGCUCAAAAUCAGAUUCAAAAUUGGAAACCAGUGGUUCAUAGUAAUUCAAUCAUGAACGAAAUUCACACAAGGACAAUUGGUUCAAAAGAUACAGGUUUGAAUCACACUCCAAAAAGUAAUUCAUUUUCUAAAUCCAUACAAAAAGAAAACAGAUCAGGUAUAAAACCCAAAAAGUUAUCAUGGCAACACAGAGCUACCAGCAAACCAGUUGUUCAACAAAAAGCUUUUGUAAACAAUCCACCAAACCCUUUACCCAUUGCUUGGGGUCCUGUAGCAACAAGUAACACAGUUAUCAAAGAAAAGAAAUUAGGACCAGCUGGUAUUCCAGGACAACAACAAAAAUCGUGGGGUCCCAUUGCAGCUGGUAAGCCGAGUCUUAAUCAAAAGGAUACUAACGUGGAAAUCGCCAAUGAUAUACAAUGGGCAUCAGUUGCUACAAGUAAACCGAGUCCUGAUAAAAAGAAUAUUAACGUGGAAAUCGGUAACAAUAUACAAUGGGGACCAGUUGCUAAGAGUAAACCGAGUCUGGGUAAAAAGAAGAUUAAUGAGGAAAUCGGUAACAAUAUACAAUGGGGACCAGUUGCUACAAGUAAACCAGCCUCAACAGAAAAACCAGCUAGUAUUAACUAUAUUCAAACUCAUAAAAAUAUAUCAUGGGGUCCAGUAGCUACAAGUAUUCCUGUUGUGACAGGUCAGCAAAUUAAGAUACAGGACAGAGAAACAAACAAAGAUGUAUCACGGCAACAAAUUACGAAAAAUAGUCAUGGCUCGAGCGGAACAGUUUCUACUAAUAAUGUUCUACAUCAUGCACAGAAAACCACAAGUCACAUGUCUGGUCUCUCUCGUGGUUUACUUGAUCAACUUAGACCACCAAGCAUGAGAAAUUUAGGUUCAAAUAGAGGUAGGCUUACUAUUAUGGAUGCAGGCAAUAGUUCAAACGUGUUACCAAUGCCAAAUGGAAAAGCCAAAGAUCAGAUACAAAAUAAGAUAAAAGCAGAUGAAAUUUUAACGUCUAAGUGGUUAGACUCCAAAAGAAAAGAAGCUACGGUUUUAGCAACUGAGUUGGGCGGCAUAUGGAAAGAUGUAAAUAGAACAAUGAUUGGAGGCGCUUCAAGCUCGUGUCCCGUAUAUACAAUUAAAUACCAGGACAAUACAGUUAUAUUAGAUACAGUGGAUAAUAAGUGCAGAACGGUUAUUACCUGGCACAAAAAGACAAAACGUGAACAAAUCCGGGAAAACACGUGGUACGGUGCCAAUGUCUACUACAGGGAUAGACCCUAUUACAUUCCGGUGGUCACCUACGUGGACUUAGCUAAAGUAUGAGAAAAGUUAGUGACUGUCUGUACUUCAAGAAUUCCAUGCUUCCUUCGUAAGGAACGCAAAAGCUACAAUUUACAUAUGAAUGCACAUUUCUGUUUGUCGAUUUCAUUAAAUGGGUACCAUCAUACAUUAUGUAUACAGGUGUUUCUGAAUGUUUUUUCUUUGGAAAUUUACAUUAAACUUUAUAUCAAUAUAUUGGUGAGAAUGGGGC